CUUGCACCAUGUGACCUCUGUGAUCAUUCACAGAUUUCACACGUAGUAAGCAAUGAUGUCACAAGUGACAUCUUGCUUACUACUUUGCAUGUGAUCACUGAUUGGCCUAUCAAUGAUCACAUGAUCGGGACCUCGUACAGAGGUCCCGUCCGACGAUCGGUGUUUCACUGUGUCCGGAGGACACAACGGGCACCGAAACGCGGUGCUGCAAAUGUACGGCAACCCGCCCCUGGAGUGCCACCGUCCUGCCGUUUAUAAACAGCAGGCGGACGGCAAGUCGUUAAAGGAG